UGGAGGCAGGAGGAAGCGGCGGCGGCGGCCGCCUGGCGUGUAAAAAUCACAGCCACGCUUCCCUUGGUCAUCAUGGCUACAACUGGCCUGACAGGCAUGAAUAUAAAGAUCUACCUAAAGAGCAAGAUCACCUUCCUUUUGUGGAGGACCACAGCAACUUCGAUAUUGUCAAAGCAACCCAAUAUGGCCUUUUGGAACGGUGCCAGGAGUUGGUAGAAGCAGGAUAUGAUGUAAGACAACCGGACAAAGAAAAUGUAACACUUCUUCACUGGGCAGCAAUCAAUAAUCGAUUGGAACUUGUAAAGUUCUUUAUUUCUAAAGGUGCAGUAGUAGAUCAACUAGGAGGGGACUUAAAUUCGACUCCGCUUCAUUGGGCUGUUAGACAAGGACAUUUAUCUAUGGUUAUAUUGUUACUGAAAUGUGGAGCAGACCCAGCUCUCAUUGAUGGUGAAGGAUACAGCGGCCUGCAUUUGGCUGUGCUUUUUCAGCACAUGCCCAUCAUAGCUUACCUCAUAGCAUAUGGUCAGAGUGUAGAUACAACAGAUCACAAUGGACAAACCCCACUUAUGCUAGCAGCCCAUAAAGUACUUGGGCUGGAACCUACUCGAUUUUUAUUAAAGUUUAAUCCUUCUCUGAAUGCUGUAGACAACAUAGAAAAGAACACUGCCUUGCAUAGCGCUGUUGCAGCAGAAAAUAUUAGCGCUGUAGAUCUCCUUCUCGAAGCUGGGUCCAGUUUGGACAUCAAAAAUAUCAAGGGAGACACACCGCUUGACCUUGCUCAUCGAACUCAGCAUCGCUUAAUUAUUCACCUGAUCACGGAAGAGGAAAGAAUGAGAGCCAGAAAAACUUCCAGGUUUCUGAGAAUACUGGCGAAAAAUGAGUUCUUGCUUUUGCUGGUGAUGGCAUUGGUAUUGAUAUGGGCUGUCGGAUAUGUAGUGGAUUUAAAUUCUGAUUCUUGGCUUUUGAAAGGAAUCUUGCUGUUCUUCCUAUGUGCCAUCAUCUCCCUGUUUGCAAGGCAAUUCAUAAGUUUCAACAAACUGAAAUAUUUUCCAGUAGCAUUUUUGCUUGGCUCCAUCUUCUGGAUAUCUGUGACCUGUUUCAUCUGGUUCCUGCCUGAUUUUUCAGGCACAGUUUCUCAGCUUCCUUUCUUUCUUGGUAUGGUGGGGCUUCUCUAUUAUUUCUACAAAAUGUUCCGAGCUGAUCCUGGAUAUAUCAAGACUACAGAAGAAGAAAGAAAAAAGAACAUUAUUACCCUUGCAGAAUCUGGCUCCUUGGAUUUCAGAACAUUUUGCACAUCCUGUCUUGUGAAAAAACCUCUGAGAUCCAUGCAUUGCCACAGCUGCGAAUCGUGUGUCGCUAGAUACGACCAACAUUGUAUCUGGAUUGGGCAAUGUAUAGGUGUUGGCAACCAUUGUUAUUUUGUCCUGUUUCUCCUUUUCCUGACAAUGGUGAAUAUCUGGGCUUUAUAUGGAACAGUUUUAUACUGGUCAGAACACUGCACAGUAACAUACCAGAAAGACGGAGCUUGGAUUUCCUUCACACAAAUAGUGUCUUGUUCUCCAUGGGUGUCAUAUAUUUUCACACUUGUAUCCUUUCAUACUUCGUGGGCUUCACUGCUACUAGCCCUUCAGCUUUAUCAGGUUGUAUUCCUUGGAUUGACCUCACAUGAAAGGAUUACCCUCUGGAGGCAGAGCAAGCGAUCAAAGCAUCCUGUUUCACUCAGGAAAACUCCAUAUAAUCAUGGGUGCCUGCAGAACCUAGCAGAUUUCUUUCAGUGCAGAUGCUUUGGGAUGUUGAAGCCCAACAUAGUCGACUGGACAAAGCAGUAUACGCUAACAGUUCAUUCAGUGAAAGAUAAAAAUAUUCAUCCUGUGUGA